UGGUGGGGCAAUGGAGAAGCAGUAAUCUCUAGGGGUAGCAGGCGGCCUCAACGGGGAAUCCCCUGGAGGGGCAACCGGGGUAGUGCCAGGAGGCAUCAGAGGAGUCGAGGCAGGCGCCGGCUGGCCCUCCGACGUAGUUUUGUGUCAUGAUUCUGGGCGCCCCUUAUGCUCUGGGGGAAUCUUAAUUAGAAGUCUUGGUUCCAGCCGGCCCUCCGAAGUGGUAGCGGUUCACGGUUCCAGGCCCAAUCAGCAUUCUGGGAAGAUUGUGGGCCACAUCCUAGCGUCCGGCACGUGCCUUGGAGGAUUUAAUACCCCUUUUCCUGAAACCUCUGUAUCCAGGAUGUCCAGCUUUGAGUCCGAGGGGCAUGGAGUGCACAACUCGGGAUGCAGUCUGAGCUCCGGGUCAACUUGCUUGCACCCCCACAAACCCUAUGAGGAUCGGCCCCGUAGCAUCCUAAAAACCAACAGCUCCACCCUGAUGCAUAAAUCCCCCCAUGCAGAAAAGAGAAAGUCUCAGCACUGGGAUGAAAUGAAUAUCAUGGCCACCUACCACCCAGCUGACAAGGACUACGGAUCUAUGAAGGUGGAUGAGCCCAGCACUCCCUACCACAGGCUGCAGGACAGUGAUGAGAACCUGCUCGCAGGGCCUUCCCACACAGUGACUCCUGAGGCACUAGCAGAGAGGUUCUGCAAGCCUAAAUUGGAUGAGUGAGAAUCCCAUAAGAACUGAGGUCUGUUUGCUGGACCACACGGGAAGCCCACUUCUGGAUCACAGGCCAUCAAGAACUCCCUGACAGUGACAAUGACACCACUGCAGCU